GGAGCCGAUCGCACUCUUUCCGAGGCGGGGUGGCCCGGGCAGCGGCGUCCUGUUCGUUUGGGGUUGUAGAGGCGGUAGAGCAUGCAGACCAGCUCCAAGCAAGCGGUGCAGGCGGCGGCGCAAGAGCUGCUGAAGUUUGUGCACCGCAGCCCGUCCCCUUACCACGUGGUUGCUGAAUGUCGGAAUCGCCUGCUUAAGGCUGGUUUCCAGGAACUGAAAGAAACUGAACACUGGGAUAUCAAGCCUGACAGAAAGUAUUUUGUGACCCGAAACUUUUCAACGUUGGUUGCUUUUGCUGUGGGGGGACAAUUCCAGCCAGGUAAUGGCUUCACAUUGGUUGGAGCUCACACUGACAGUCCCUGUUUGCGGGUGAAACGGUCUUCAACAUGUAAUCAGGAAGGUGCAGUCCAGGUGGCUGUGGAAACAUAUGGAGGCGGUAUCUGGAACACCUGGUUUGACCGUGAUCUCUCUGUGGCGGGAAGAGUAAUUUUCAAGGACCUGUCCACGGGGCGGCUGGAGCAACAGCUAGUGAGGGUGGAACAGCCUAUUCUCCGCAUCCCAAAUUUAGCCAUCCAUCUCCAGCGCAACGUGAAUGAGAGCUUUGGACCAAAUACUGAGCAACACCUGGUUCCAAUUCUGGCCACUCAAGCCCAGGAGAUAUUGGAGAAGGGAGACUCCAUAACAGAAGACAGCUGCACCCAAUCUUUCCAGAAUCGUCAUUCUCCAAUUCUGAUCUCCCUUCUCUGCUCCCAUCUGGAAGUGAAACCUGAACAACUGGUGGAGAUGGAACUGUGUUUAGUAGAUACCCAGCCCCCAACACUGGGUGGUGCCUUCAAUGAAUUUAUAUUCUCUCCUCGCCUGGAUAACCUACACAGCUGCUAUUGUGCCCUGCAGGCUUUGAUUGAAUCUACCGAUGAUCCUGAUGUUCUUGCUCAAGAGCCCAAUGUGCGCCUGGUUGCACUCUACGACAAUGAAGAGGUUGGUUCAGAAAGCGCUCAAGGGGCUGCCUCCCUCCUCACGGAGCUUAUUCUUCGUCGCAUUUCAUCUUCGCCCCAGAACCUUACAGCAUUUGAGGAAGCAGUGCCCAAAUCGUGCAUGAUCAGUGCAGAUAUGGCUCAUGCAGUGCACCCCAAUUAUGCGGACAAGCAUGAUAAGAACCAUCGGCCACAGUUUCACAAGGGACCUGCUCUGAAGAUAAACAGCAACCAACGCUAUGCCUCCACUGCUGUCACGGAGGCAUUGAUUCGUGAGAUUGCCACUCGUGUCAACGUUCCUUUACAAGAAUUUAUGGUUCGAAAUGAUUCUCCUUGUGGCACAACCAUUGGACCCAUCCUGGCUUCCCAUCUUGGUUUGCGUGUUCUUGAUAUGGGUUGCCCACAAUUAGCUAUGCACUCCAUUCGUGAGAUGUGCUGCACCUCAGGGGUUCUUCAGACCAUCACUCUCUUCAAGUUCCUUAGGCUGGAUAAUAAUUAAAGCAGCUUUAAUCCAGUGACCUCUGUGCAGUUCAGAGGCUUGCUGAGUUUUGAUUUGUUUUUCUGUCUCGCUUCAGAACAGAAAUUACCUCCUAGUCAUAUUUACACUAUUAUGGCUGAGCCCGAGAGGCAUAAAAUAACCUUUGAACCCU